UGUUCCCAGACUCCUGUGAGCCACAGCUCCGCAAUGAUUGUCAGCAGGCAAUGUACUUAGGGCUGCCGUUUCCUUUGGGGGGCCUAAGAUGUGAUUUGGUGGAGGUGGAGAUUCGUGAUCCCACCCAGUCAAAUUGUUCCACUCCAGACAAGCUUAGAGGCAGAGAAAAAAAAAAAAAAACUUCAACAGGAAAAGCAAGAGACAGAAUGCUGAGCACCUCAGAGCAGACGCACAAUCCAAGUGGGAUACUCACACUCUUUGAUAGUCUGGCGGUCUGUUAAUUACGCAUGUGAUGUGAUGAUACUCAUGUCUGGGGGCUCUACUGGAAACUGCGUUCUUUGGUUCCUGGGGAAAAGAACACUUUAGAAACGGUGACAAGCCAGAAAGGACAAAUUAAACAAAAUUAUCUGAAAUUAUUUGGCUGCUUCAUUGGGCUUCCAGGAUGAAGUGGCAAUCAUUUUCUCUAAGGAGACUCUCAGUUUUCAUGGUGGUGGCAGGAGUUGCCGUGUGUCACAAUGUCAGCGUGAAGGACAUCACAGAGAGCAGCAGCAAGCCAGUCCAGAGGAUUUCUCCAGCCAUCCAACAGCUGCAGGUCAAUGUGACUCCAAACAUGUCGACUGUCUCACUUCCCACGCUUUUCCAAAACACGUCACUAUCCUCCCACCCCAGCAACCCAAUGUGCCAUCAGAAGGCCCAUAUUGACAAAAUUCUGAAAUAUGUCACCACAGUGCUUUCGUGCAUCAUAUUUAUAGUUGGAAUAUUUGGGAAUGCCACCCUGCUCCGGAUUAUCUAUGAAAAUAAAUGCAUGAGGAAUGGACCCAACGCCCUCAUCGCCAGUCUCGCCCUGGGUGACCUCAUCUACAUUGUCAUUGACAUCCCGAUUAUGACAUACAAGCUGCUGGCCCAGCAGUGGCCCUUUGAAACUUCAUACUUUGGGCUUUUUCUGUGUAAACUUGUGCCGUUCCUGCAGAAGUCGUCGGUGGGGAUCACCAUACUGAGCCUCUGUGCCCUCAGCGUAGACAGGUAUAAGGCUGUUGCUUCUUGGAGUCGCGUCCAGGGAGUGGGCAUUCCCGUCUUCACGGCCAUCAAGAUCAUUUCCAUUUGGGUCUUGUCCAUCCUGCUUGCAGUUCCAGAGGCCGUAGGCUUUGACAUCAUCUCCAUUGAAUACCGAGGGCGUGAUUACCACAUAUGUAUGCUGAAUGCCCAGUCCUCAUUCAUGAAGUUCUAUGACAGUAUGAAGGACUGGUGGCUGUUUGGAUUUUACUUCUGCAUGCCGCUGGUGUGCACGGCCGUCUUCUACACGCUGAUGACGGUGGAGAUGCUCAACAGGAGGAAUGGCAGUCUGAGAAUAGCCCUCAGUGAACACCUGAGGCAGAGACGGGAAGUGGCCAAGACGGUUUUCUGCUUGGUGGUCAUCUUUGCAUUGUGUUGGUUCCCACUGCACUUCAGCAGAAUAUUAAAGAAAACCCUCUACAACAACAAGGAUUCGGGACGCUGUGAACUGCUGACAUUUCUCCUGGGGUUGGACUACAUCGGGAUGAAUAUGGCCACAAUGAAUUCCUGUAUAAACCCAAUCGCUUUGUAUUUUGUCAGCAAGAAAUUUAAAAAUUGUUUCCAGUCCUGCCUCUGCUGUUGUUGCCACACAAACACCGUAAUGAGCACAACGAUGAACGGGACGAGCCUGCAGUAGAGGGACGUUGGACUGCCAUGUCCUGGACCGGGGUGUGUGAGUCACCCACGAGGACUGGCAGAAUUGAAAAUGUCGUGUUCUUGCCACCCAAGUGGUGUGAAAUUCAUUUCUACCCAAGUGCCACCAUUCACCACGGGUAAACUGACUGAACUGCACAACGGAAGCGGCGUGGAGAGACGUGGCUCCUGUAUAAGCUACUAUAUAUGGCAUUGCUCUGACUGGGUUUGCGUAAAAACCUACAAUGAAAGUUCUUCUGUUCACUGAGCAUCUUCUUCAUUGAAUACAGGAUGACAGACUGGGACUGCGAUGUUAAUCAAUGCUUAGUGACGUAUGAUUGAGUGAUUACACAACCCUGACAAGAAGAAAAUGAUAAAAAGCUGGACUGGGCAUCUGUUAACACAAUAUGGACGGUGUAAGCUGUAUGACCUGUUGUCAACAAACCUUUUCUAAUGUUUAUAUCUACAUAUAUGUAUAUAUAUAUAUAUAUAUAUAUAUAUAUAUGUAUAACUAGGGAAAUAUUAUACAAGGGUUUCCGGAAGUUAUACAACACAUCUUUUUAUUGUCUUUUAAUUUUUAUUUUUAAUUGUUUGAAACAUAUUCAAGAAUAGCUAAAUAUAUUUGCUCCACUCCUCAUUUGUCCCCUAUAAUGGCCAUUAGCGCCAGCAGCUCUGCCCCCUUCCUGUGCCAAUCUGAACCCAACUACUCUCGGACAUUUCCUCAAUAACCUUGUCAUUUAAAAUCUUUUCAAACAGGUGGCAUCUUUGAAGGCCCCAAGGUGGUGCAAAUAUGAUCAUUAGUCUUGGGCACGGGGUCAAACAACAUAGAGCGCUAAAGGGAGCCGUGACUUGUCUUGUUCAUUACAAAACACAUCAUCUAGUGAUGGGCAAAACAAUUCCUGCCAAAUUCAAGUGUUCUGUUUUACAGUAAAAAAAAAAAAAUUAAUUCAUAAAUAAAGACAUGUCAAGUUAUCUAGAUUGGCAAAGCUAAAAUUGGCCCCUGAUCUCUGUGUGUGUGUGUGUGUAUGUUUGCAUUGGGCUUGGCUGGGCUGGCACCCAAUUCUUGCUGGUAUACACUUCAGCUUCCCCAUCAUCCUGCUAGAUCAGUGGGUUUGGGUAAUGGAUGGAUGGAUUUAUUAGUUUAUUGUGGCAGCUGUAUACGCCACCUGUUGGAAUAAAAAAUGCAAUGCGCUUCAUUAGUGCACAUGACAAA